GUUUCUUUCACUGUUCAGCAACUCAGCAGCAGAACGAUAUUACUAUACAAGUGUAGAAACAUUCGCCUUGUAGAUGUUGACUCGCCAGCUUGUUUAGCUAAGCUCUGGGCUUCUGAGGUCACCGGUAUUCUGUGAAGAAGGUCUGAAGGACCAGUAGGCUGCGAGCUUGCGGCUUCCACCACGGCAUUGGUAAAAUAUGAAGUCGAGCACAGUAUUUUCGACGGCUCCCCCCUUCUCUGCUCUCGCAGGGACAAGGAAUCUGCGUCCGAGCAAGUCGCCAGUCUCACAUCAAUCACCCCCAUUACCUGUUCAACAUAGAGAAGCAGCUGUGUUGGCCCCUAGCUUGCGUGGCCCUCACAUAGGUGUGCCAGGUCUCAAGCCUGCAACCGUGGACAGGGACGCCCUGCCGAAGGCUGACAGCAUGAGAGCAGGAAUGCAUACAGCCCAAUGUUCCAAGUUCGGUGCAGACUCAGUCUCUUGGGAGCCUGCUUCUCAGUUCUCCCCCUUCUCCUCAGAACUUCCUCAGAACGGUGCGUCCGGGGUUACAUGUAGCAGCGGUCAAGGAGGUUCUUGCGCUCGCGUAUGCAAGAAGUCUUCUGCUGCAUCGGCCGCAUCUGUGAACGACCGGAGAGGAAAGAUGCGAUGCAAGGAAGGGAGCGGAGCGCCGCUCCUUAUUUUCCUGCUAGGGCUGACAACUGUGACAUCGCUAGUGGGGGUCUCCAUGUUCAGCGGAGGCAGAACGAGCGCAGGCGGAUUGAGGGUGCUCCCCGAUCACAGCGAGGCCUUCCCGCUUGGUGAACGGAGCAGUGGGGGCAAUCUGGGAAAUGGUGGCCAGGCACACACUGACCCCAUGAAGAAACUUGCCAACCAGGUGAACAAGGGCCACAAUGCUUCCGACUAUGAGGAAUCUUCACCUGCAACCGAGCAACCUGAGGAAUCUGAGAAAACUGAGUUUUCUGCUUUGCCUGUCAACAAGACUCCCUCAUCAACACCUGUCCCUCUGUCAGCCUUGCAGCUUUCUGACGAUGAGUGGGACGAGCGACUGCACCAGUUCUUCGGCCCCCACUUUCGCACAGCGAACCUAUCCAAGUACAGUGUGCGGCGAAAAGGUCCGAUCACCCCGCUUGGUGAUGGGCGGGUGCUGGAGGACCCCGGGAACUGGUUGGCUAUCCGGGGUCGUGAGGAGACGGUUGAUGCCCUCGUCCAGAACCUUGAAAGCAUCUUCAAAACCUAUCAACGGGGCCAAGCCGACCCUCUCGAUCGCGAUCAGCUCCGGCGGCGCUUUCUUUUCCAGUAUGCUGUAGCUACUCCUGGUUUGGGAAAGACCACUUUCCUGAUGGAGCACCCGACGUGGCUCGAGGAGAGGCAUUUCUCGUCGGUUGCCCCUGCAUUUGCCGAGCGGCUGCGAGUUUACUAUGAGAAGCGGCUGCUGUUUCGUCACGACUUUAGCAAGGAUGGGCCAGACACGCUGGAGAAUCAUCUAUGCCCAAACUCCCGGACGAAGUUGGCUUCCAGAAUGCUCUAUGCCACGCUUGAAGGAUCAGGCGAAUGGCCCUACUACUAUCGCUUUGUUGAGGCCUGCUACAGACUGGACAAGGACUUCUUCAAGCGUCUUCUUCCCGAUCACGUGUUGCGGUUCGUUUGGCGGUGUGCUGGCCUUGAACCUCGGACGGCUGGGCUGGCGCUGUUCUCGUGGGACGAAGCAAGUGCUGCAGAGGGAUUUGUACAACCGCUUAUGUCGGCAUAUUUGGAGGAGGUGCUCCUGCCAGGUCGCAGCCGACUGCCUGGAGCACCCGAUCCAUACUUUGUGGCGAUGGUACUUGCAUCCACACGGGUUGAGGUGGCCGACAUGCAGGCCACUUCUUCCGGCAGAGCCAAGUCAAAACCCCUGCCCUUCACCUUGCUGAAUCAGGGCGAUGUUGUCUUCAUCGUCAAAGACUUUGUUCAACGGCUCGGGGGUUUUGUUGCGGGCGACCCCCCAAUCCAUGUACAGCUCAUCUUAAACCUGGUAGAAGGCAACCAUCGUCUUGUGGAGAAGGCGCUUGUUUGCAUGAGUGGGGGAGCAUCAGAAGAGGUGGUAAUAGGGGACGGACUGAUCGAGUAUUGGAAGUCGAGGGGCGAAGCGCUCGCUGACGUUGUGGGUUUCGUGCGCGAUUAUGCAAAGAUGGGCUUUUCGAAGUUUCUCGAGGAUCCCAAUCCGUGGGCUCAGUUGCGCGAUCAGACAACUGGAGGGGGGCACCGGCUGUUGGGGACAAAUCGGAAGAGGCAAAGAGUAACGGAUAAAGCUGAGGGGUGGGUUGAUGUCAAGCGUCGAGCAGGGGAUCUCCUCCAACUUGUGCACGCGCAUAGUGUCCUUGACCGCGCUGUUUCCCGGCGGGACCCCUUACCUGGAGAAAUGCUUGACGAAGUCACUUGGGAGCACUUGGAAAUGACGGGCAUGAUUACCCUCCUGGAUGCGGGGUUGGCGCGCACUGGGAAACCGUCGGCCAGCAUGAGCAUUGCGCAAGUAGACCCCUACGUAUACCAGGUUGUCGUGCGUGUCGCGCCUAUCGUAAUACAUGCUCUCCAGGAGACAAGCGGGCUCUUGUCGAGCAAAGUCUACACUAGUCAGUGGCAGCCGGACUUCCAAGAUAAGGAAGAAGGGGACGUUGGGAUGGUGGUGGAGAGACUCCGAUGCUUGAAGUAUUUGGGGGACUCGGUUUGUACCCUCGACCAGCUGAUCGGGCCUCUCAGCCGGUCAUCUCCGUUGAAAGACCUCGAGUUGGUGGUACCAUCUAAAGGGUUUCGGGUUCGCCCCUUACGGCAGCACGUUGUGCCUGGAGAUUUUGACAAGUGGAUAAAGGAUCUCCCCCGAGGGGGUGUGUGGGCGUUCCGUGGGGCUGGUCAGGAACAUGGACCUGACGGGUGGGUUUUGCUUGAGACAACCGCCGGACGCCCUUUUAUCCUCUAUCUACAAAGCAAAAGCUCGAAGUACCUUGGAAGGAAGAGGAUGAAAGCCGGCGAAGUGGCCAUUGAGUACGAGAAGGUCGUGACAAAUACGACAAGGUGGCCGCUCCCACUAGAGCACGUAUUCCUGGUGGUCACGGAUCUUUUCAUGGACAACAAAAACUACAAUGCAGCCACCACCCACUCUCAUGUUGAAGUCGUCCACUCGGGCAACCACCACCACUUCUAUGGGUCGGCGGGCAGUGCCUUGAGGUCGCUGCAGGCGCUCAGCAUCCUCCAUCGGGAGUGCCCAAAACACGCCCCUACUCCGAAGCCACCAACUGCGGUUAGAUCAGCGUCUAAGCCAGCUCAACGCACAAUCGCUAAAUCAACCAAGACGUCGUCAAGUACAAAGAGAACGAGAAAGCCGACGACUAAGGCCGGCGCAUCAGCAGAUCCGGGAAGGCCCAUUCGACGGGCCGGCGGGGAUGCGGAUAAGGAUUCAAAAACGGGAAGGGGCCGUCGGCAGGUCCGGUCGCGCUCAUAUCAAGGCUCUCUUCUUCGAAUCCAUUCAUCCUUGGCCGUGGCGUGCCCGUUUCCUCGGGUAGCCCCCUCAUCCGGCCAUCUUGCCAGCUUGACGCUUGGUUUGGCCGAGGACAGCCCUUCGACCAGCCACAGAACGGACCCACCCCGAAUCGCGCGGCCGCCUCUACUCCUGCGGCCCCCAAAUCGGAAGGAGUUCCUGCGAGGCCGCGCUGCUGACGUGAGGAGUGACGUCAGCAAGCUCGGUGACACUCCCGCACAAGGCAUCCGGUUACCCGGUGGUACGGGCUGGCAGGGGCAAGCUCUCCUUACGGACGUCCAACCCAGGAAGCCGCCCGCGCGCGCAUCGUUCCGUUGUCGUCCGAACGCCUACGCCCCGGCCCCUACAACGGAGGCGUUCGAGAAGGAAGCAAGAAACGCGGGCCGAGGAAAGCGUGGGCGAGCGCGCGCGCGCGCGCGCACGGAGAAAGAGCUGCACGAAGCGCGCGCUGAGGUGGCGCACGUGCGGCAAGGCGGGACGGGGAGAGAGGCGGCCGCGACACCGCGGGGGCCCGACGAGGUGACGUCAACCUGCAGACGGGGCUCCCCGUGCCGCAGGUCGCCGCCCUUGCGAAGCAGCUCCAAGUGGCGUAUGGGGAGAGCCAAGCGCCUUCGAGCCGCGACUGCGGCCGCCGCUUUUCGAGCUGCACCAGCGGAACUGAAACCGGAUUCCGGACUAGAGUGGGCGAGCUGGAGGCAGAGGUCCGAAAGUGGCGCGCGAGCAGCGACAAGCCGGCCGCGAGGGCGGUUACCAGGCGGCCGCGGCCGAGCGCGGCCGACUUCAACCAACUGCGCGCAGAGAUGCGCGAGGUUUGAGCACGGGAGGACGGAGGCUGCGAAGCUGCACGAGGAAAAAUCCGCUCGCGCGCUCCCACAGAUCGACGGCCAGAAAGCCGCGACCUUGUCCCCCAAGUUCAUCAGGACCACCGCCGACCUCAGUGCCCAAUCUCAGGCCGCCACGUGUCUCAAGCACGAGCUCCGCCCACACCAGACGACCGGGGAGGGAGCGGUUGGAGCAACUAGAGCGGGCAUACGCGGUGAGCGAGCAACGCAUUGCAGCCGGGAGAGGACCAACCCUGGCGAGCGCACGCGCCUAGGUUGGGGAAAAUGGAACAUCGGAAAACGAAAAACGGAAAGCGGAAAGCGGAAAGCGGAAAGCGAGAAGCCGGAAGCGGGAAGCGCGGUCUGGCGGGUGGCGCCGUCCGAGGCCGACGUGGCUUUUUACGGGGAAAAGACGGCGCUGCUACACCAACAGGUAGCCACGAUCGCGCAGGCGACUCGCAACCAGGCGCGGCAGAAUAGCUGCGCGAGCUGGGCGGGAGAAGCCAUAAGCCCAAAGGAGCGAGGAUGACCUGACCACGGGCCAUUCGCCUGUCUUUGAGCGAGUCUCCAACUAGCGGGCACGUUUCAAGUCGGGUGUUCAUCCCAUACAGGUCGGGUGUUCCUAAGGAAAUAGGUUGCAGAUCGGAUCAAUCUGUCUUAGCUUUGGUUCAACUGUCUGGAUUCAAAAGAUACAGCGGGCGUCGUCGUAACAAUGCAUGGACUGAAUUAGAAAUCUGCGAAUUGCAGGACAUGCAAGCCUGAUGUUAGUACGUACAUUGACGC